GGCGGCGCUGGGACUGUCAGAGGUGCGGACGCCCCGCCUCCUUCCCGGGGACAGAGUCAGAGUGCUCGCGCUCCCGUAGAGAGAGCUGUGAUCGGAUCCUCAGUGCCGCGGUGACGGGAGUAGACCGGAUCCCGUCCGGGGGUGAGUGGAUGGAGCCGGAGAUCAGGCUGUGAUGUGUGUGUGCGGAGCCCAACUGUCACCUGUCCCCAUAGUGUACAGCCUGAGCCCUAUGGACGGAUCACUUACCUCCACCACCUACCUCCCUCAUCAUUGAUCUUCUAUUGGCUCCAGCACAGCUCAGUAUUGAUUGAUUGGCAAUGCUGGUUGUUACAUAGGAAUUUUGGAAGGUGAUCAGUGACAGGACUUGCCUCCACCCUGGGAGGGUGAUCACCCCCUUUCCUCUAUGUGUGAGGACCCCCCUAUGUUCAGACAGGUGGUAUAGACCAAUCCCAGUGAGCGGUGCACAGCCUGAGCCCGACGACUCCUCUGAUCAGUAACUAGCAGGAGGCGAGAGGUCUCAGCGCCCCCCGGAAGAUGUCCAUGCUCCCCUUGUUAAGUCGGACUGCCCUGCGCCCGGCCGUCACCCUGAAGUCCUGGGGCUGGCUGGGAAGGUGCCCGGGGACCGCCGUCCUGCAGGGCUGCAGGCUGCUGGGCACACACCCCAGGAAGGACCCCAUGGAGUCGCUGAACACGGCGCAGGGGGCCAAGGACUUCAUCUACAGCCUGCACGCCAGCGAGAGGACCUGCCUGCUCCGAGAGCUGCACCGCUUCGAGUCCAUCGCCAUCGCACAAGCCUCCCGAUAUCCUAAAACCCCUCCCUAUGCAGUGCCAGCAGAGGACGAUCCUCUCUAUGAAAAACUAGAAGCUGCCCCACCAUCCUCCCUACAGAUGAAAUGCGUCUUCAUCCACAAUGCAUUGCCGUUCAUAGGGUUUGGCUUCUUGGAUAACGCCAUCAUGAUUGCUGCGGGAACACAAAUAGAAUUCCAUAUCGGUGCCAUUUUAGGAAUUUCUACAAUGGCAGCUGCUGCUCUAGGAAACCUGGUUUCAGAUCUUGCCGGACUCGGGCUGGCCGGUUAUGUGGAAGCAAUAUCUUCACGGUUGGGUCUGCCAAACCCCGACUUGUCACCUAAGCAAGCAGAUAUGUGGCAGACGCGUGUUAGUGCACACUUGGGUAAAGCAAUAGGCGUGGCCAUCGGCUGCAUUUUAGGAAUGUUCCCCUUGUUCUUCUUCAAAGACGAGGAGAAAACCGAGAAGAAGAAGAAAUGACCUUUUGUAUUCCUGUAAUACUGUACCUGAGCAGAGUCUGCAACCACCACAUCUACCGCCGUCGGAGAGGAAAAAAAAA